AAGUUGACCUGCUAUCAUUACUUACGAAGACCCUCUCGCGAGUACUCGCUUUGCAACUACCAUGGUCACUUAUCAGUAAAAUCUAAGCGAAAAACGUGGGAAGUUUUUUUUAAUUUCAAGAUACAUUAUGUGACAGUGUCCUUUUUGUAGUGAUUCUUAUUCGAUAUUUGAAAAUGAAUUUGAAAAUUGUAUUAUUAUUAGUGUUGUGCGGGUUUUUACAGAGUUUUGGAGAAGGUCUAACGUCAGAAGAAGAAGUAGACAUAAGAGACACAUGCUGCGCACACGCAGAGACGGCCGCGAUGGCCGCCAAGUCAGUAGAACAGUGCUCUUCAUCAGCCCUACCAGACUAUAUAACUUCGGAAGAGGAGGGCGCUUGCAGGACCGCCAUGCAAGGUUGCUGUAACAAGAUUUUCACAUUGAAAGACGAAUGCACAGCGGGCACCAAAUAUGCGGCUGAGAAACGAUGUAGUGUACCCAACUCAGAAAUAGGGAAGACGUGUUGUGAAGAAUGCUCGAUCGGUCGGUGGACAGGGGAGUCCCAGGGCGAGGAGUCGUGUGGGUCACCAGCCUCGGAGGACACUCCUCCCAACACAGCGCUGAGGAAGAACACCUUCCACCAGUGUUGUUUGGAAGCGGCGUCACAGCCCACGACAACAGAGAGAGUGGUAGAAACGACGACUGAGAAGAAGGUCGAGACGACUACGGUGAAGAGUGAGAGGUGUGGGAAGAAAUCCUGCGACCAUUUGUGUAACGACGAGGAUGGCAGGAUCAGGUGCCAGUGCCACGAGGGGUACAGGCUUCAGGCUGAUAAGAAGACGUGUAAAGAUAUCAACGAAUGUGCUGAGGCCCUGGACGACCUAUGUGUGGCGAAGGACACGGUCUGCCACAACACCGCCGGCUCCUUCAAGUGCGUCCCCAUCAAGAAGCGGGAAGUGGGGGGGUGUCCGCCCGGGUUCAAGAAGAACGUCGAGAGUCAAGUCUGUGAUGACAUAAACGAAUGCCAACACCCCCGUCCUCCAUGCCCCAAAUAUCUAUGCAAAAACACGAUCGGCGGGUACACCUGCGCGGGCAAACCCGGGACCCCUUAUGUAGAGGACUCCACAGCCACCACUGAAGCUGCACAAGCUGCUACAUCACCAAGGAACGACAUCUGUCCUCCAGGGUUCCGGUCGGGACCUGAUGAUGAGUGUCUCGAUAUCGACGAAUGUGAGGAGAGGCUGGACGACUGCCAGCGUCUCUCGCAGCACUGCAUAAACACGCACGGCCACUUCUUCUGCCAGGACCACGUCUCCAAGCGCUGCACUCCUGGCUUCGUCAUAAACCCGACCACGGGCAAAUGUGAAGAUAUUAACGAAUGCGAGGACAUCACGGAGGUGUGCAAGCGCACCGAGGUGUGCGUCAACCUGCCCGGCGCAUACAACUGCAAGUCCAAGAUCAGCACAUUGCCCAAGCUCGCUAGUAAGACCUGCCAGGAAGGGACCCGUAUACGUCCAGGAGGAACCAUUUGCGAGGACAUAGACGAGUGCCGAGAAGGCACGCACCUGUGCGACGACUUCCAGAACUGUAUCAACACGUUCGGUGGGCACGAGUGCCGUUGCAAGAAUGGCUUCGAGCUGGACUCCUCGUCUGGCGCUUGUGUGGAUAUCGACGAGUGUUCCCUGAAGAUGGACAACUGUUCCCCCGGGACCCACUGCCUCAACAGGCUGGGCACGUUCACGUGCACCUCCCGUCCCCCCGCCACCACCACGCUCGCCCCCACACCCGCCCCCGCACCCGCUGAAUAUGACUAUGAGUAUUACUCCGAAGAAGACAACUCAACGGAACCUACGGACGAAGCUCCUUCUCCCCGUCUACUACCAACCACUACAUCUUCCACCACGACAACCACAACACCUAGACCCACGACACCCACAACAGAAAGCACCACCAGGUCUUCCCCAACAUAUCCCUACUACUACACACCCAGGACUACCUCCACAAGUAGAUCUUCCACUCGUUCGACCACUCGUCCCACUAGCACUAGCACUAGAAGACCAUAUCGACCAGAAGAUAGACCAAGAUAUCCUGGCUCCUUCGACCCUUAUGGUAGACCGAGAAGACCAGAACAGACUACAACCACAGAGGCUCCAAGCAGACCAGAAGACCGCCCUGACACCAGACCUUAUGACAGACCCAGGAGGCCCCAAGUAACCACAACUACUGAAGAAGUCCCAAAACCAUACAUACCUAGAAGACCAGAAGAACCAAGAAGACCAGAUCCUUCACGACCUACAGAUCCUUUUGAUAGACCAAGACCUGAGGAAACUCCAGCAGAAGAUAUUCCCAAGCCAUAUAUACCUAGAAGACCGGUAGAUCCGAGAAGACUAGAUCCUUCAAGACCUACAGAUCAUUUUGAUAGACCAAGACCUGAUGAAACUGCAACAGAAGAAGAACCAAAGCCGAGAAGACCAGAGGAAAGACCAACUAGGCCGGAAAAACCAGAUGAGCCAAGGGAAGAGAUACCAAAGGAACCUGAACUGGGGCCGAAGCCUGAGGAUGAUGAUAGACCAGGCUUUGACAUAAACAGCUUAUACUGUUUGGAUGGAUAUGUGAAAGACGAACAUGGCGACUGUGUUGAUGUGAACGAGUGCUCAGAAAACCGUCACCUGUGCAGCCAUUUAGAAGAAUGUGAAAACCGACCUGGAGGGUACACAUGCGAGUGCACCCGGGGCUUCACUCGGGACCCCUCGGGCUGGUGUGUGCCUAUUUCCAGUAGUACCACCAGUACUACCAGCACCACCACUAGUACUACUGAAAGAACCACGACCACACCAGUACCCUCCACAACUCCGAGACGGACACGUUUCCCUCCGCGCCCGCGGCCGACCCCCCCUCAACCCUCCAACGUGCACUGCGACUUCGGGUAUACCUUUGAUUCCAGUGAAGGAAGAUGUGUGGAUAUCGACGAGUGUGCGACGAACAAGCACAGCUGUGCGCCCAACGAGGACUGCAUCAACUUCAGCGGGGGGUACAACUGCGACUGCGGGGUGCGGUGCCGCGGGGAGGGGGACAGGCAACCCAAUGUGUACUACCCAGUAUCUCCCACCCGGGAGACGGUCCCCGUGGCGACCACCCCCUCCCCUCCCUCGGACUCCAACAUCAUCACGGUGGGGGCGCAGUACGGCCAACGUGGGCCCAGGGUCAUGCGGCCCCCCUACGUAAGGUUCAACUACGGAACUAUGCAGCCGUGCCCAUGGGGAUACAGGCUUACUUCGGAUAAAAGAUGCGUCGAUAUCGAUGAGUGUGCCCGCAACACGUCCCAGUGCGGUCCACAACAACGGUGCGAGAAUUUCUACGGCGGGUACUCGUGCCAGUGUCCGAGUGGACACAAGUUGGCCGGACAACAGCGGUGCGAGGACAUCGACGAAUGUCGCUUUGGCUCUCCAUGUUCUUACAACGGCGAGUGCGUGAACACCGUGGGUUCCUACCGCUGCAGUUGCGGGGAGGGGUUCCGCAACGCGCCAGCCAAUGACAAGGUCUGCAUGGACGUGGACGAGUGCUCCGAGCGCGCGGACGUCUGCGACCACGCGUGCACCAACACGUGGGGCGGGUACCGCUGUUACUGCGAGCGGGGGUAUCGCCUUGACAGAGAUAAUAGGACUUGCGUGGACGUGGACGAGUGCGCCGAGUGGUCGUCGGCGCGGCUGCGCGGGCGCCUGUGCGGGGGAGAGUGCGUCAACGAGCCGGGCAGCUUCCGCUGCCGGUGCCCGCGCGGCUACCGCCUGGCCGCGGACGGCAAGAGCUGCAUUGAUAUUGACGAAUGUGAAAAUGGAGAAGCAUCCUGCGCCCACUCGUCCACUCCCGGCGAGGUGUGCCAGAACACGAGAGGCAGCUACCACUGCCAUCGGAUAGACUGCCCUGCUGGGUACCGGCUGGAGUCUAAACACCGCUGCACGCGCAUCCAGCGCUCGUGCCCGAUCUCCGACUGGUCGUGUUUGCAGCAGCCCUCCGCCUACAGCUACAACUUUAUCACUUUGGUGUCCAACAUCUUCCUGCCUUCAGGGAGGGUGGAUUUGUUCACGAUGCACGGGCCUGCGUGGAGAGAGUCCGUGGUGACGUUCGAGAUGAGGAUGGUGGACGUCCAGGCCUCGCACGGAGUGAAGCCGCUGGAUCUUAGGUGUUUCGACAUGCGGCCCAGCAACAACAUUUGCGUGGUGUCGCUGGUGUGCGCGCCCGCGGGCCCGCAGGUGGCGGAGCUGGAGCUCAGCAUGGCGCUGUACCAGCGCGACCAGUUCGCCGGCAGCGCCGUCGCCAGGCUCAUAGUCAUCGUUUCAGAGUACGACUUCUAGUUAAUAAAAUUGAUUUUUGUA